AUGGCUUCCGAGACCUCAGGCAAUGCCAAAAUGGACUUCAAAACCUUCUACAAUGUCAUAGAUGGAAAGCUCGAGCCAACCGUCAAAACAAGACACACCAUCAACCCCUCGACUUUGGAAGCUAACCCCGAAGCCCCCCUCAGCACAUCAGAUGAGGUUGACAAGGCCGUAAAGAUCGCCCAUGAGGCAGCCAAAGAAUGGGCUGCGGUGCCCUGGGAUGAGCGAAAGAACGCUCUUGCCAACUUUGCGGCUGCCCUUGAGGCACAACUCGAGGACUUUGCUCAGAUGUUGGUAUGGGAGCACGGCAAGCCGAUCCUGUGGGCAAGGCACGAGCUAGCAACAGAUAUAGGCUUUCUCAAGGGGUUUUGCGAACUGUCACUUCCUGAGGAGACUAUUGAGGAUGCACCAGACCGCAAGAUCGUGAAGAGCUAUGUGCCGCUCGGUGUCGCAGUCGGUAUUGUCCCUUGGAACUAUCCGGUGCACCUGGCCGGCGCAAAGCUCGGCCCGGCAUUGCUGACUGGAAAUGCCUUUAUACUCAAGCCGUCGCCUUUCACCCCAUACUCUGGCCUCAAGCUGGCCGAACUAGGCAUGCAAUUCUUCCCACCAGGAGUCCUCCAGGCACUAAGCGGAGGUGAUGAUCUCGGCCCUCUCCUGACAACACACCCGCUUGUGAACAUGGUUAGCUUUACAGGAUCUGUUCCCACUGGAAAGGCGGUCAUGAAGUCAUGUAGCGACACGCUUAAGCGCGUUACACUUGAAUUAGGCGGCAAUGAUGCUGCAAUUGUAUGCGCCGAUGUCGAUCCAGUCGUUGCCGCGACCAAAAUCGCAUUAUUUGCGUUCUGCAACUCGGGCCAAAUUUGCAUGUCGAUCAAGCGAGUUUACGUCCAUGAGUCCAUUUACGACCAAUUUCUGGACGCCUUGGUCAAGCAUGUGCAAGCUUUGCCGUUUGGGGUUGGCGAGACCGCCUUUAUCGGACCAGUUGCGAAUGAGCUCCAUUUCAAGCGUGUCCAAAAGAUAAUCGCGGAUAUUAACGAUGCCAAAUUUGCCGUCGCGGCAGGAGGUGCCGAGUCAGUCCCAGGCCAGAAGGGCUACUACCUCCCUCCGACUAUUAUCGAUAACCCACCAGAGAGCUCGGCGAUUGUGCAGGAGGAACAGUUCGGCCCUGUGCUACCGCUGCUGAAAUGGUCGGAUGAAAGCGACGUCGUACAGAGGGUCAAUGGCACUGAUUCUGGCCUAGGCGCUUCCGUAUGGACGCGCGAUGAUGAGCAGGCUGUACGCGUUGCCAAUCAGCUUGAGGCUGGGAGCGUGUGGAUCAACACUCAUGCAGAGAUUGUAGCAAGCACCCCCUUUGCAGGGCACAAGCAGAGUGGGCUUGGCGUGGAAUGGGGUGUAGAUGGCUUGAAAUCCUAUUGCAACACCAAGGCUGUAUAUCGAAGAGCCUUUUAG